GGCCUUUAAGGGUCCCUUCCAACUCAGACUAUUCUGUGAUUCAGUGUGGAAUGAUGCACUAUGCCAUCUGCUCCAGAAGGUUGCUGUGAUCAUCCCCUGCUGGGGGAAAAGCACCUUUUUUGAAGGGGGGACCACACUGCUUUGCAUUCUACCCCAAAGGGAAGCUCCCACCCUUCCUGCCAUCCUUGUCACUACAGCUCAGCUCCUCCUAUGGGGCAGGAUGUGGCCAUGGGACAGCUGGGGAUAAAUCUCAUCCAAGCCCAGCCAAGGGGAUGCUCUUUGCAAGGAGAGGAGGGAUCUCUGCUGCCUGCAGGGCUAAGCAUGGCAAGGGACGCAGCGCUUGCAAAACAGCCCUGGGAUGGUUUGGGAAGGUUUGGGCGGCUCAUCACCCCGCCUUGCUCAGCCCAGCCAAGCCCAGACGCCCCAGGGAGGCUGGAGGGGGAGCAGCCAGGCAGCGUCUGGGCUCGGCAGCAGCCAACCUGUCAGGCAGGUUUCCUUUAGAGCAGCCAACGAAGCCACCAGGGCCGGGCAUGCCCCACCGUGUGCUCGCAGGCUGACGGGGCUGCCCGGCUCUUUCCUCACCACCGAAGCCAUGCGGGCGGCCGGGCUGCUCCUUGCUUGGGUGCUGCUGCGUCCUGUUGGUGCCCAGCAAUGUCACCCCAGCAGCUCUGCUGGUGUCCUCCGCUUCACCGACACCCAUGCUGAAAUCCGAGUGCCGGCGCUGCACCGCGUGCCCAGCUCUCUUGACCCUCUAUAUGGCCUCGUCCGACACUACCUGGACCUCAUCCAGCAGAACCCCCUACCCACAGAGCUUCUCAGGGCAGCCCUGAAUGACCCCAGCUCAGUGCGGGCAUCACAGGUUGUACAGUAUGAGCUGGGCUAUGUCAUUUGUGCUGCGGUGGCUCUGCUCUUCACCGUGGCUGUGCCAGUGGCAGGGCUGUGCUUCUGCUAUUGCCGGAGCCGGCGGCGGUGUGGGGGCCGCCUGCGUGCCCACCGGCGUUCCCUGGCCUGCCGGCGCCGCUGCCUCCUCGUCUGCCUCUCCAUCACCUCCAUCAUCAUCCUGACCAGUGCCAUCUGUGCCUUGGUCACCAACCAGCGAGUGAAGGAACAGAUGGAGCCAGGGCUCGGUGCCGUGCCAGCCAUGCUGCGCACACUGCGGCAGCACAUAGCCAACAUCCCCCAGGGCGUGCAAAUGGUGGUGGACCAGUUUGAAGUGCCCCGGCAGCAGAUAAUCUCUGACCUUGGGGGGCUGAGCCGCAGCGUGGGGCUCUCCAUCCACACACAGCUGAAGGCAAUGACCUACGCAGCACUGGCAGACCUGCAGGACAGGGCGGGAGACCUACAGACCUCGCUGCACCAUUUACAGAUUAUCAACAAGACGGUCCGAGUGCUGACAGCGGCACGGGCUGAGCUGGAGCCAGCACUGCAGGAGAGACGGCAGCGUGUGGUCACACUCCUGGAUGAUCCACGUUGCACCUCCUGUGCCAGCGUGCUGGGCAGGGCACAGAGCCUGCAGCUGGGCGCUGACUACAGCAAGGUGCCCUCGGUGGAGAAGGUGUUGAAGACAUUGUCUGGUCUGCCCCGAAGUGACUUUGCGGAGAUGAUUCGGCAGGGCAAUGGUACUUUCAAUUCUAUCCCGGAGCUGGCUGUGGAGAGGAUGGCACAAGUGAUCCAGGAGCUGCGGGACGAGAUGGCCCAAGUGUCAGAGAAGGUGCAGACCAUAGCUGAUGGCUUCCCCCUCCCCGACUACACCCGGCGUGUCAACAAGGCCCUGCUGAAGGCAGAGGACAACAGUCAGCCUUUCCUCCGGGAGGUGGAGCGCUUCGAGUGGUACAGGUGGGUUGCAGGCACGGUGCUGUGCUCCAUCAUCCUCCUCAUCGUUGCCUGCAAUGUGGCCGGGAUGGCUCUGGGUACAUAUGGACUCUCCAAGAGGGAAGACCCAAGUGACUACGAGUGCCGAGGAGAAGCCGGAGCCAAGUUUCUUAUGAUUGGCGUGGGCUUGGGUUUCCUGUUCUCCUGGCUCCUCAUCCUCAUGGUUUUCACCACCUUCUUGGUUGGGGGUAACGUCCAGACGUUGGUUUGCAGGAAUUGGGUCAACCAGGAGAUUUACAAGUUUAUUGACACCCCUGGGAACCUUCCUCCAUCCAUGAACCUCACCCAGCAGCUCAACCUGAGGAGGGACUCCAACCUCACUGCUGCAUACAGGGAGUGCAAGAGCGGCGCAGGGCUGUGGGAGGUGCUACAGCUGGAGAAGUCCUACGACCUGGAUGAGCACCUCAAAGCCCCCAAGUACACGGCCAACUUCCAGAAACGCCUGGGUGACUUCACAGCACAACUUGGGGAUGUACGGCUGCUCCGCAGUGAGGGCAGGAAUGACCUGCAGACCUUUGCCCGCAGUGGUGUGGAUGAGGUGGACUACAGCCGCUUCCAGGAGGAGAUGAAGAUCCCCGUGGUGCAAACCAGCCUCCCUGCCCUGGCUCGGAGCCUGGACGGGUUGCAGAAGAUGCAGAGGAAUGGCACAGUGGCAGGACGGCUGGCUGCUGAGGCCAAGGCUCUGUGGCAGAUGCACAACUCCACAGUGCAAAUUCAAGAGGCGCUGGUGGCAAAGCUGGGGGAAAGCAUCCGGUUCCUUUCACGUUUGGCACCGCACCUUCAGGAGCGAGUGAAGACCACAUUGGACACCAUCACAUCAGUGGAAACCCGGCUGCCUGUGCAAGCCCAGCAGAUCCUCCGGCAGGAGAUUGGCUGCUUCACAAGGAAGGAGCUGCGCUACUUUGCACAGUAUCUGCACUGGGUCGGACAGACGCUGAGGGAGGAUGUGGCUUCAUGUCAGCCUCUCGCCACAGCCCUUGACAAUGGGAGGGUGAUCCUGUGUGACCGCAUUGCUGACCCCUGGAAUGCCUUCUGGUUCAGCCUGGGGUGCUGCACCUUCUUCCUCAUCCCCAACAUUAUCUUUGCCAUCAGGCUCACCAAGCAUUUCCGCCCCAUCCGCAACAGGCUCAUCUCUACAGGCUCAGAGGAGACCUGUCCCUUCCACAUCCCUCGUGUCACGGCGCUGAAGCUCUAGGCCAGGAUCUGCAGGGACACCCAUGUCAAUGCACCGUAGGGCUCCAGGUCCUUGCAGCAUCUCUUCCUCAGUGUCUGAACACCAUCAAGGAUCUCCCUGGAGCCUGGCUGACUGGGGACCUCAGGCAGCAUCUCUGCAGCUCCUGCUGACUGCUGGCUCACCUGCUGCACAUGCAGACCCUGCUGUGACGCAUGCCUGGCUCCUUCUCUCCCACCGCAGCCCUCCUGCAGCAGCGCCCUGCAAUGCUUCUCCACUCCUGGGAUGGAGCACAUUAAACCUUCCUGAGCCAAACCCAGCAUUGUCUGUUUAUUUUCCUGAUUUUGCCCAGAAAUACUCAGCUGCAGCCUCUCAGAGGAGCAUACCCAGCUCUCAGUCCCCUCUGCUCCAAGGCUACUUUGGAGAAGGCUUCAAAGUCACACAGAUCAGGGCUUGGGGGCAGGGCCUUCCCCAUGCAAUGGGGACAAAGCCAGAGAUCUUGAGACCCUCAACCCCUUGUGUCUUGGGACUGUGAACAACUCGAGUUUUAGUACCCUCAAUACCUUGGGUUUGGGGACCUUGAACACCUUGGGUCUUAAUAGCCUCAAAACCUUGGAUCAUGAGAUUCUGAACCUUUUGGA